AUGGAGCACCUUUCCCUCAACGAUCCUCCUGGGCAAGGGGGUGGAGCUCCUCCUCCAGGGCCCGGUCCUCAGGGACCCCCCGUGCUUGGUAGAGCUCCCCCUCCGCCCCAGCAACUGCCCGUGCAGAUGUUCACGACCUCAGCAUCUCUCCUCGACCUGACUGACAAGAAGCUGAUGGUCGCGCUACGAGACGGCCGGAAACUCUUGGGAAUUUUGCGAAGCUGGGACCAAUUCGCGAAUCUAGUCCUGCAGUCGACUGUGGAGAGAAUCUUCGUGACACCCGAUGCGGUUCCCGCGGACCACGCGAGCGCACAAGAGAAGCGAGGCAUAUAUGCGGACUACCAGCGAGGAAUGUACCUCGUCAGAGGAGAGAACGUGAUGCUCCUCGGCGAGAUUGAUCUGGACAAGGACGACGACCCGCCGCCGGGAUACGAUAAGGCCGAUCCUGACUUGGUCGAGAAGCUUGCCAAGCAGAGGAAGGUCGAGGACAAGACAAAGGACAAGAAGAAGCAAAAGAACCUCUCUGCUCUCGGUUUUGAGGGUGAGAGCAUGGGCGAUGCCAUCCUGCUAUGA